AUGCCAUGUAAACGUUUUCUCAAUUACAAUAUUCAAACUAACGCGCCAAAAUCUUCAUUCGGAUUCUUACGCAUGCGCGCUCUUGCGCGCAAGCAGAAGCGCGAUUGUUUUGAAAGAAACUUGUUUAAGCUUGCUUUUGUUUUUGGCAAAAAUGAUGAAACGCCAAAAGGUACCGCUGAUUUACAGGAAAAUGUUAUUCAAAACGAAUCAGUCGAUUUGAAUCCUUCAGAACAGUCGGAAUUAUCAGUAGCUACACAAGUUCUUAUAAAUCAUAGAACAGAAGAGGAGGCAGCAUUGAGAAGCACGUCAGAAAAAAUUGAAAGUUAUUCGACUGAUAUUGCGUUAUGGGGCGAAAUCAACGAGAAGUUACGAUUAUACUGGUUGCAAAAAAAUCCAGGUUUAUGCAGCAAUAAGGAUAAAGAUUUCUCAAAAUCUGCACGGAUUUACCAAGAAGGAGAUAAACAAAAAGUGAGAACUCUAAACAAAUCAUUAUUUCAAUUGAAACUACAAAAUAAUGAAAUAGUAGAGCGUGAGUGGUUAUCGUAUUCGCCAUCAACUGGACGUAUAUAUUGCUUUGUAUGUCGACUUUUUUCAUCUGAAAAAGAUCAAUUUACAUUUUACGGAUUUAAUGAUUGGAAACACCCAGAGCGAAUUACGGAGCAUGAGCAAAGCAAAGCUCAUAAACAAACUUUAACUAUUUAUUCUAAACGGAGAAGAGAAACUGGUAGUUUAGAAAAUGCAUUAACGAUUCAACAAAAAAAUGAGAAAAAUUAUUGGAUUCAAGUAUUACGUCGAAUAACUGACACUAUAAAGUUUCUUGCUUCACGAGGUCUCGCUUUUCGAGGGGAGAACGAACGAUUCGGAUCUAGUCAAAAUGGCAAUUACUUAGGUAUUUUAGAAUUACUGAGCGAAUAUGACCCUUUCCUUAAAGAGCACAUUAAUACCUACGGAAAUAAAGGACAUGGAGUAACAUCAUACUUAUCAGCUAAUAUUUGUGAGGAAUUUAUAGGCCUUAUGGGGGGAAAAAGUUCUUGCUUGCAUUAUAAAGGUCAAUCUUAUGACAACGCAUCGAAUAUGUCUGGACGCUAUUCAGGACUGCAAACCAGGAUAAGGGAAAUCAAUAAGUAUGCUGAUUAUAUUCCUUGUGCCGGGCACUCGUUAAAUUUAGUCGGCGUUAAGGCAGCUGAAUGUGUUAAUGCAGUCGUUAAGUAUUUCUAUAUCGUACAAAAUUUGUACACAUUUUUAUCAGGAUCGACUUAUAGAUGGCAAAAACUAUUGUCAUAUUUAGGAACGAAAAAAAAAGUCGUUAAAUCUUUAUCCGCUACUCGAUGGUCAGCCCGAGCUGAUGCAAUCAUCGCUCUUUUCACAGGUCAUACAGAUAUUACGAAAGCUCUAGAUGAUUUAUCAAAGGAUGAUACGCAGUCUAACGAGACUAGACUUGAAGCUAAGACCAUUUUAAAGCAAAUUACAAAAUUUGAAAAUGUCUUUAUAACUGUGGUAUGGCACGAAAUCUUGACACGUAUUAAUGAUACAUCUAAAAAUUUACAAAAAGAAAAUAUGGAUUUGUAUAUAGCAUGCAGUCUUUUAAAUUCCUUAGAAUUGUAUUUAUUGGAUAUCAGGGAUAAAUUCGAUGAGUUUUUAGAAAAAGCAAAAAGCUUUACUGAUAUCUGCGAAAGUGAAUCUACAUCUGAGCCAAGAAAUCGAAGAAGAAGCGUAAAACUUACUCGCUUUGAAGGAGAGAGUGAACAUACACAAUUUACUGGAGAUGAAAAGCUCAAAAUAGAGAUUUUUUAUCCGAUAAUCGAUUCACUUUGUUCCAAUUUGAAAACCAGAAAAACUGCUUACGAAACGGUGAAUGAUAACUUCAAGUUUUUUACUGCUCUACCAAACAUGACAUACGAAGGAAUAAAAGAAUGCUGCGAAAAGCUUGCCAGAAAAUAUGAUCAAGACAUUUCUGCAGAAAAUUUAAUAUCAGAAUGUUUACAUUAUAAACAUUAUCUUCGUGAUACACGAAAGAACGAAGAAUUAUUUAUUCCUGAUCUAUACUUGCAACUGAAGAAAGAAUUUCUGACGUCUACAUUCCCAAAUAUUGAAAUAAGUCUCCGAAUAUUCCUUACCCUAAUGAUCAUCAAUUGUGCUGGUGAACGAUCAUUUUCUAGAUUAAAGUUGAUAAAAUCCGAUCAUCGAAGCACAAUGUCACAGUCACGAUUGAAUCAUCUAAGUUUAAUGAGUAUAGACUCGGACUUAUUAAAAUCGAUUGAUUUUGAUGAACUCAUAUCUAAUUUUGCUGCGAAGAAAUCGAGAAAAAAAAGUUUUUUAAGCUGUAUAUAA